AUGGCAUUUCCCUUCCUUCGCUCUGUCUGCGCGUUGCUGCUCUUCGCCUUGUUAUGCCACAGCGCCGCAGCUCAGCACGAGCCGCACGACCAAGGCUGCGUCCACAUGCCCAUUGUCCAUUCGACCAAUGUUGGCUACUUUUCCAGCAGGCGCGGUGUCCAACUACAACUAGCCAACAGGUCCGACGUUGCUUACUAUGCUCAGCUCAGCUUGGGCACGCCGCCUCAGCCCGUAUAUGUCCAGUUGGACACUGGGUCCUUUGAGCUCUGGGUGAACCCAGACUGCAAUGCAGUCUCGGGUGCUGAUGCUGCCUUCUGCGAAAGGGCCGGGCAGUACGACGCAAGCAGGUCCUCGACGGUUAAUCCCUUGGGAACGACGAGGACGCUGCGAUAUGGCAUCGGGUCUGCCAAUAUCACCUACGUCACAGACACCAUCACCCUUGCCGGGAGCACCACUGCACUGGAAGCAGUUCAGUUUGGCGUCGCCACCUCGUCCGAGGACGCUUUCUCGGGGAUCCUCGGCAUCGGUUAUGGGAAGGGCAUCGCAACUAGGUAUUCCAACUUUGUCGACCAAUUAUCCGAACAAAACGCGACGAGGGUCAAGGCGUAUACCAUCGCACUGGGGAGCAAAGACGCUCAGGAAGGCGUCAUUGUGUUCGGCGGCAUUGACAGGUCCAAGUUUGCUGGCACCUUGGCUAGGCUCCCAAUCAUUCCCGCCGAAUCCUCCCCCGACCUUGUGCCCCGAUUCUGGAUUGAUAUGCAAUCCAUCUCGAUUACCCCCCCAGGCGGCAGGGCCCGUGUUUACGAUGGCAGCACCAUGCCUGUGUUUCUCGAUAGUGGGUCGACCAUGACACUGUUGCCACCGAACCUCACCAACACCAUUGCGAGCGACUUCGGAGUGCAAAACGUCGAUCCAGACGGCUUCAUCAGAAUCGACUGCGCUUUUGCCACCAUGAAUGGCACCCUGGACUUUGCAUUUGACGGCCUCACGGUCAAGGUCCCUUAUAAGGAGCUGAUACGUGAGGUCCCCAGUAAUCCGCCAGCCUGCUUCCUGGGCAUCACGCCGAGCGAGCGCUUCGCGUUGCUGGGAGACACAUUUAUGCGGUCAGCGUACAUUGUGUUUGAUCUCGAAUCAGACUCGGUCUGGAUGACGCAAGCCGCCAACUGCGGCUCUACCCCGGCCGCCCUCAACAACGUGAGGGACCUGUCUGCGGUCGUGGGCGCCUGCGGCUCGACAAACUCGGCAGUAACAGGAACCAGCGGCACGGUGAUUCCCGGUACAGGAACUCAGAAUGGUGCCGCCCAAUCCAGGCCUAUCUCGGCUACAGGCGGCGCCGCCUCAACGUCAGGGACUGCUACCAGCGCUCAGGACAGAUCACAGCGUACGGCAUCCCGGGCUUCAUCAUCCCGACUGGAACCUAGGGGGAUUGUGUGGAGUUUGGUGGCGGUCAUGGCGCUACGGAUUCUUAGCAGGGUAUGA